GGAAGCGCGAUGGUGUCACAUGACAGCAGAAAAAUGGCCGCUGUGCAAUGGCGUUUUAGGGGUCGCAAGUAUGAGGAGGAGCUCCAAGUACGUCGCCUGGAGGCAACGCCGGUCGAGUUCGGAGAGUAUCAUCCUCUUAAACCCAUUAUGGUUACGGACACUAAAACACGCCGUGGAGCACGGAAGGGCAGUACAUCUUCUUCUUCGUCUUCAUCUUCCUCUGCUGCCGCGACUGUUGACCCUCUCAGCUCCAUGCUGGAUGGGACUGACCCACUAUCAAUGUUUGCUGCAGCCAGUCAGACUCCUGCCAUGUCUCAUAGCGUUUCUGCAGGGGAUCUGGGACGAAAAAGAGGAGAGAAGGAGGAGCAGGCUUUGGGCCUAGACUUUGAACCUUGGGCAGGAAAGAGAGCAGAAAUCCUGGCAAGAUUCACAACCACUGAAAAAUUGUCAAUUAAUCUGUUCAUGGGCGCUGACAAAGCAAAUGCUCAGAGCCCUGGCUCAUCAGCUGUUUCUGAGAAAGUUCGCACUCGACUGGAGGAGCUUGACGAUCUGGAGGAGGGGUCCCAGAGAGAGCUGCUGAAUCUCUCCCAGCAGGAUUAUGCUAACCGCAUCGAGGAGCUCAACCAGUCCCUGAAGGAGGCCUGGGCCUCUGACCAAAAAGUCAAAGCCCUCAAGAUCGUCAUACAGUGCUCUAAACUUCUGUCGGACACUGCUGUGAUUCAGUUCUACCCAUCCAAGUUUGUUCUCAUCACUGACAUCCUCGACACUUUUGGCCGACUGGUGUACGACAGAAUAUGGAGCAUGUGUUCCGAGCCGAGACCUUUAUCAGACUCAUUCACAGUGGACGAUGUGAAUGACACGGCCAAAGAGACGUGCCUCAACUGGUUUUUUAAGAUUGCCUCCAUCAGAGAACUGCUGCCUCGACUAUAUGUGGAAGCUGCCAUCCUGAAGUGCAAUCGCUUCCUUAACAAAUCGGGUAUACAGGAGACCCUGACACGACUGACAGCCAUGGUCAGAGGGAUUGGUGACCCUCUGGUGGGUGCAUACACCAGAGCCUACCUCUGCAGGGUGGGAAUGGAGGUUGCCCCGCAUGUGAAAGAAAGCCUGAACCGCAACUUCUUUGACUUGCUGGGAACCUUCCGCCAGAUCAACAGCGAGAGUGUCCAGAACCAGCUGGUCAUGCAGAGGGUGGAGCUGCCUGAGUACCUGACCCUUUAUACACCCGCUAUCAACUGGAUCCUGCAGUGUAUCGCCUACAGAGCUCCUGAGGUUCUACUUACAGAGAUGAUUGAGCGAUGCAAGCGGCUUGGCAACAAUCCUUUGUUGCUGAAUUCCGUCAUGAGGGCUUUCAGGCCUGAGUUUGUAGCUGCCCGAGCGACCGACUUCAUUGGAAUGAUUAAAGAUUGUGAUGAGUCCAAUUUUCCCAAGCAUCUGUUGUUUGGGUCUCUGGGCCGCAGUCUGUCGUGUGCCGACCCUCCAGAGUCGGAAAGACUUACAAUUCUCAAUGAAGCCUGGAAGGUCAUCACCAAAGUCCGCAGUCCUCGGGAUUACAUCAACUGUGCAGAGAUCUGGGUGGAGUUCACCUGCCGACAUUUUACAAAACGUGAGGUCAACACUGUCCUGGCUGACAUCAUUAGACACAUGACCCCAGACCGAGCAUUUGAAGAUGCCUACACUCAGCUUCAGUCUGUGAUCAGGAGGAUCCUCACAUACUUCAAUGAUUUCUCCGUCCUCUUCUCCAUGGAGCGCUUCCUGCCUUUCCUCGAUAUGUUCCAGAAGGACAGUGUGAGAGUGGAGGUCUGCAGGUCCAUCAUGGAGGUUUUCCUUCGACACCAGCUGGAACCCACCAGAGACCCGGUCAUCCUCAACGCCAUGCUGCACAUCUGCAAGACCAUGCACGACUCUGUCAAUGCUCUGACUCUGGAGGAUGAAAAACGAUCUUUGGCAUCGCUGAUAAUCGGAUUCAUACGCAUGGUGUCUUUCGGGCGUGACUUUGAGCAGCAGCUGAGUUUCUGUGUGGAGGCUCGAGCAACAUUCUGUAACCUGGAGCCAGUGCUGAUGCAGCUUAUUCAUAUGGUGAACCAGCUGGCGAUGGAGACCAGGAGGGUGAUGAAAGGGAGUCACUCCAGGAAAACUGCAGCCUUCGUCAGGGCCUGUGCCGCCUACAGCUUCAUCACCAUCCCAUCGCUGAGCAGCAUCUUCAGCCGCCUCAAUCUCUACCUGCUGUCAGGUCAAGUGGCAUUAGCCAACCAGUGUCUGUCCCAGGCGGACGCAUUCCUUAAAGCUGCAGUUAGCCUUCUUCCUGAAGUUCCUCGCUCCAUCAGUGUCGAGGGAAAACUUCGCUCCUCUGAGAGCUACCUGCUGGAUUUCAUCAGCAACUUCAUUGGGACGUUGCUGGUGGUCCCGGACCACCCCGAGCAUGGUGUCCUCUACCUGGUCCGUGGUCUGCUCAACAUGGUGCAGGAUUACGUCUGGGAGGAGAACAGCGAUGCUAAAGUUCGGAUCUACAUUUGUGCUGUUCCUCUCUUGGCAGCCAUGAGUCAAGAAACGUACCUCUACUCCAUCCCCAAGAUGGACUCCAAUGAAACACUGUAUGGUGGAGACCCCAAGUUUUUAUCCGAGAUAUCCAAGCUGUGUGAGGCCUUGAUAGGACAGAUCCUAGAUCACCUGAAAGUUCUGGGUCAGGAGGAGCAGUACACACGCCGCCAAGGUUCUGUGGCCUUCUCGCUCUUUGGCGUUCUUCUGGCUCACGGUGACCUGAGGAACAACAAGCUGAACCAGCUCGCCGUCAAUCUGUGGAACCUAAGCCACAAGCAUGGUUACUGUGACACCAGAGUCUCUGUUCGGACUCUGGAGUCCAUCAAACAUCAUGCCCAGCAUGCCGACAUGGCACAUCUGUCGGACAUGGUCCCGAGGCUGGCCCUGCAGUCACGAACAUAAACUCGUGUUCCUGAUAUUCGAGUGUUGAAAGAGGUCAAAUGCCUGAGUGUCUUUAUAAAAUAAGUGAUUUAAACAGAUAUUUUCUGUGCCAAGGUUUGCUAGUACUUUAUUCCAGAACUAAAGCCAAUAAUCACUUAUUCAUAAGUUGGUUCAUUACUUUUUCCUCUCAAUAUAAUUUAAUAUACUGUCGACUUUAAAUAUUCAGUUAUUCAACCACAAAUGUAAAUAUUUUACUGCCGCUCUUAGCAUUCCAACCAUCAUCUCUAACAAAGAACGUUAUGACUAAAAAUGAAUGGUUUUAUGUUAAUGUUAAUAUUCAUAUUAAUAUCCCGACACUUAAUCUUCAUUGUCCAUACCUCAUAUUUCAUAUAAAAUGUAAUGCUCUUAUGUGCUUCCGACCUGUGUACUAUGUUGAUACCAUAGUAACAGAAUGUAUCACGUGACUUGUGUAUGAAGCAUUUGCAUUGUUGCAAAAAGAACACUGCGAACAUUGUGAGGCAUCCGUCAUGUUGUCAAUCAUUUAUUUAAUCAAUGGAUCUGUCGAAAGGCAAACACUCCUGUUUUGCUGUCAGAAACAAAACAUGAGAAGAGAACUCAUGCAAUUAGCUGGCAGGUGUUUGGAGAGAGACGUUGGACCUUGGUCAUGCAUUUCUUGUUUGAUGCCAUGUUUUUGAAGUAUGAACAACUGAUCUGAACUGUCUACACUUCAACAAUAAACUUCACACUUCAAUGUUAAACACUGAGUCC